AUGGAGAAUAGCAAACUUAGGGUAUGCCGACGACAAAGUUCUUGUGGCAGCAUCAAUGAGGAUAUGGAAAAACUGUUCCAAAGACUCGAGCUAGAAAGUAGGAACAUAGGCCUCGCAAUGACCAGAGCAAACACCAAACUGAUGAUAGCAGAUCGAGCCAGAAAGCUUCCAUACAACACUGUCACUUGCAACAUUCCUGGCAUCAAUAUCGUUGACCGCUUUAUAUAUCUCGGAUCCCCAAUCUCUUACGACGGCAAUAUCUGGAAGAAAAGAGGAAUUGGUAUCCAAAGCAAAAAACUGACUGAUACGGUCUGUAGUAUACCCUAUCUUCCUGUAUGGAGUAGAAACGUAAACUGUCUUGGCUCAAGAAAGGCAAAGGGUGCCUUUGAGAUGUGGUGCUAG